GGAGGCCGUGCGUCGGGCAGCACUUGUUUCAAAGACGUUUUCUCAUUUUGUUGUGGAUGAAAGGAUUGUGUCCAAGUUGCCACCAUGUAUUCUUGCCGCAGUCACUGCGUCCUUGCCGGCGACAGCGCGGGAAAGAGAUGUCGUCUCAUCCUCCGCACCAGGGCCAACAGCCCAAACGGAGAAGAAAGUUGGCGUGGGUAAACGAAAGGGAGCGAAAUUGGCAGAGCCUUUGACGACAACGACGACGACGCACGUACCGGCGUUGCCAAAGACGUCGCGCAAAUGCAUUACCCCCUUGCGUAACCUUGAAGACCGUGCGAGUCUCACAUUUCGGCUUUCACAGGGUGUCUUGGGUGGCGUAGUGCGUGUAAAGAACAUGGGGCUGUUGACAUUUCGUGUUGGCCACGCUGGCAUGACGGCCGGGGAUGUGUGCGAGAAUGCGAAGUGCUUUAUUUUUGCCUUGAAAAGGGAAUUCCCGACUGUAUGGAAGUACAUUCACGAGUUUACGAUGACGUCGGGUGUGACGGAGCCUAUCCGCUUUAUGGAAGUGCACAUUCGGAAAUAA